GCAUGCGGAGGAAGUACUGAAAGUCGCUUUGAAGGUAAUGAACGACGUCCUUGUCGUUGAGUCCACAUCGUUCCGAGGGUGGAGGAAGGAGAGCAUCAAGUACUGCCUGGAGAAAGUUCGCUUUCAUCCAAACGUAACCGAGACGCUGCUUGCAGAGGCCGUUCUCUCGGCAGCAACCGGCAAUCUUUCCCUUGAGAAAGAAAAGACCAAGACAGUGCCGGAGGUGCAACAAGAAUCACCUGCUGAAAAAAUAUCUACGGAUCACGCCGAGUCGGGGGCUGCGGCAGCCUCUGAGAAAGAAGACAGCACCAAGAACUGCAGCGAUCCCGAGAGAGAGAAAGAGGUUUCACUCUCCUGUAAGGACGAGACAGUGCCGGAGGGGCAAGAUUCAACUGCAGCCGAAGAAUCUGUAGGUCGCGUUGAGUCAGGCACGACCUCUGAGAAAGAAGACGGACCGAAGAACAGUGACUCGGAGAGAGAGAUUUCGCUGUCAAGGAAGGAUGUGGAGGAGAUAUUCAAAGGCCACAUCAACCUUGCUUUGAUUGAACCCUCCUUUGUGCAGAACAGGAUCGAGCCAUUGCAAAUCUUAUGGGCGGAGAUGCUAGCUGCAGCAUACAGAGUUCAGUGCAUCUGCUUCUCCAGAGGAGUGCCUCGCUGCUCUUUCUUCACAAUGCCGUGGCGCUCCAUGUGUCGCAAACCAUCGUUCGCACCCGUUGAAACAGAAGAAGGUGGACUUUGCAACACUUACAACAAAGUCUCCUUGCCGUCCUUUUGGUCGAUAUCGAUACAAUGCUCCACUUCAGACGAACUGCCGCAGCGGGUGUGGAGCUCCGAUCCCAAGUUCAUGCGAUACGCGAUAAUGAAGUUGCUGAUUCACAGUGGCAAGCAUAUCUGGAGCAUCCGGCUCCUGAAGAGGUGCGGUCGUUUCUCUGUGGGGGUUGUUUCGUCGUCCGCCAAAGGAUUUCAGACCGAUCAACAGACGAAAGAAUACUGGAUGUUGUCUAUGGACCAUGACCCUUGGGUAAGUUCCUCCUGGACGUUGUCGCCCACCUUCCUCAAAACGACGAAGUUCGAGAAGUUUGAUAAAUCGGGCGCCACUGUGGUAGUGAUAUUGGACAUGAAGAUACGAGCACUGACUUUUGCAAAUGAUUUGGAAAGCUACCUAAGUCACACUGGAGAGUACCCUCUUGCCUUUCAGAACCUUCCAUGUAGUGUCCCGCUGUACCCCGCCUUGUGGAUAUCCGGCCCCGGUUGUGCAGAGAUAGAAUGGAUCGAGAGCUCUCCCCGCGAACAAUUUGUYCGUCCGAGUUCGACUGCAGGUUUUGGCCCACAAAAUUCCAUCUGCCCAACCUAGCUCAGGUGGCACACACAUGAUGAAGAAGCGAGCACUGACUUUUGCAGAUGCCUUUGGAAAGCUACCCCAGUCACAGUGGAGAGAGUACGGUAACCCUCUUUUAUUUUGAUGAAACGCUCCGUGUAGUGUUCCGCUGUACCCCGCCUUGUGGAUAUCCUGUCCCGGUUAUGCAAGUCGGUAGAUGUCGAAGCAGCCAACGACUGCUUAGUUAGUUUCACCCGACCGCCGACGGAUUCGUACUGCUCAAGUAUGCGAUGUGCUCUUUCGAGUCCAUCGAUUUAGGCUCCUUCCCGUCUGCUGACUGACAGAGAAUGGGUUGAGAGCUCUCCCCGUGAACAAUUUGUCCGUCCGAGUUUGACUGCAAGUUUUGGCCCACAAAAUUCCAUCUGCAAAGCCUAGCUCCGUCGACACAGACACAGGAACCGUUAAAAUACAGACCGCGGUUCGAAACCAGAUGCAGCCAGAUGUGUGCUGAGUGACGAGAUUGCAAGUUCUGAAUCGUUGUUCAGCACAUGCAAUCUUUUGGCAGUUGAGGUAGAAAAUGAACUCAGUCUGAUCCU